AUGGUGACCAAUCCUCGCCAGGAUCUGUACCUGGAGAUAUCCCAGAACCUUGUAGAUCGAGAACUAACAGAUCUCCGUAACUACGUCAGUGGUGCAAACAUCUUACCAGCGGGAAUUGUCCAACACGCCAAUGCUCACGAAAUCUGUAUCCAACUGGAGAAAGAACAGAAGUUAAAGCCGGGAGAUCUCACCCUUCUGGUGGACCUGUUAAGAAAAAUCAGCAGACUGUCUGCAGCAUCUUGUAGCAGUCAACCCAUCGUCCCUGCCAAAGAAACAAGUGAGGAAGCUUCAUCCCAACCCUGUACCAGCCAGCAGAAGAGGAGGCGAGAGGAUGGAGAAGAGUCUCCUGUGAAGAAGAAACCAGCUCCUUCUAGAGAUCUAGAGGAAGCAUCAUCAGUGGGAGUUGGAGCUACAGGAACUGAGUCUUCUUCACUGACAGAUGUGUUAAGCAAGUCUGUGAAGAAGUACUAUGAGUUGAAUUUGUCUCACUUUAAGCCUCUGAUCUGGAAUGACAACUUCACGCUUACCCUCAGUGAUGUCUUCACCCAGUUAGAGUUGGUACCAACAAGUGAAAAACAGCUCAAAAGGCACAGGCCUAAAGAACAUCCCUGGUCCCCAUCAGUGCAAGAAGAGCAAAGGAAAGAACUGAAGUCAUUAGAUGACUUGUUCAACCCAGAUGUCACAGGACUGAGCACAGCACCAAGGUGCAUUCUGAUUGAAGGUGAAGCCGGAGGGGGAAAGACAACAUUUCUGUCCAAAGAAGCCCUAGAUGCCAUCUCAAAGAAAACAGAGCUGGGCAAACAACAUGACUUGGUCUUGUUGAUCCGACUUCGGGAGGUGAAAGAGGGGGAGACCAUAGAGGAGAUGGUGUGGGACCAGUGUGUUCCUGAAACAGCUGAAGGUAUUGAUGUACAAUCCAUCAGAAAAAUUCUACAGAAGAACGAGUGUCGUGUGCUCUUCCUCCUAGAUGGGUAUGAUGAGCUGCGACCUGAGGCCAGUGCAGCUGGGCAGGCCAUUCCCAAACUGCUGUCAGGCAAGUUUUACCCCAACAGCACAAUUGUGAUCACCUCCCGACCCACAGCAGGAGUGCAGCAGCACACCCGGCCAGACUGUUGCAUACAUGUCAUUGGCUUCUCACCUGAACAUAUAGUAAAAUAUGUGAGGAAAUAUUUCUCAAGCACCAAAAAUCCUAAGCUGGCAGAGGAUUUCAUCAAGCAGUACUUCACUAGUGAUGAUGAUGAUGAUGAUGACUACGAUGACAAUUAUGGACAUAGUUAUGAAUCAUCUUUUGGCAGUCAGGAAGAGGAGGAGGUCCUGGAGGAUGAUGAUGAGGAGAAUCUUCUAAAUAAUCUAAUCCAGAUCCCAAUGUUCCUGAUGUUCCUCUGUGUGUUGUGGGAAGAGGACCAAAAGAAGGUGUCUACAGGAACAAUGACGGGGCUGUACGACAACCUGCUGACAUGUCUGGUUACUAGUAGAAGAUUCUGUAAGCGGGAAGGAGUGGACAUGUCAAUAGAAGAAUUGCCUACAGAGGUUGCUGAGUCACUACUGCAGUUCGGCAAGCUUGCGCUAGAGGCACUGCUGAGGAAUGAGACCCUGCUUGAUUUUAAAGAAGUAGAGAAGAAAAAGUUGAAUUGGGAAUCAUUUCUAAAGCUGGGUGUGGUCUCCCUUGGGUUAUCUUCCUCUAAAGUAAAUCCUAGGAAACAGUUGCAUUUUCCACACAAGACCAUGCAAGAGUUCCUGGCUGGACGAUAUGUUGCUCAUGCUCUGGUGAACCAAGACAUUGUAGAGCUGUUGCAGCUCACCUCCAUAGCCAAGGCACUGGAACUCAGUAACCUGCUUCAGUUCACAUGUGGCUGCGACUCACGUGCAGCACAAGCUGUGAUGGAGGAACUGAGCAAGCUCAGCAGCACAGAGUUCACACACAUACGACCAGAUCAUUUUCAAUGUUCAAAUGUUCCCAUGGAUCAAGACAUGGAAAAUUCCUGCCCAUCCUACAGAAAGUUUGCAUCCUUGUGCCUGACCAUCCUUAGUGAGAGAAGAGAACCGGAAGUGCUUCAGGGCAUCAGUCAGGCCCUGCCUAUUGUCAUCCUGGACAGCUCCAUUAACAGUAGAGAAGCCACAGCUCUGAAGUAUUACAUACAAAAUCUUCAUUCAGCAAAGAUGCCAGACAGGCUCAUACUUAAGGCUUAUACCAGAAGCAAUGGCAACAGAGACACAAUUCAGUACCUACAGCAGUGUUUUACAACUCAACUUCCUGGACUUGAAUUAGAUCUGAAACUAUCAAUUUGAAAGUACUAUCUGUGCAAUGAGUUUAACUCACCUGAUAAGACAACCAGGCUGGUUUCAGUUCUGAAGAAUGUUCCUGGUUUGAAGGUAUUGGGUCUGGCACAAACAGACCUAACACCAUCAUCGCUCCAGCCACUUGUGCAGGGGUUCAGCCACAUGUCACUGUUAGAGGAGCUGGAUCUUACUGCGAAUGAUGACCUUCGUGAUGCUGGGAUGGAAGUCCUGCAGGUUGGGCUGUCCAAUGUUCCACACCUGACAGUACUCCGUCUUUGGGGAGUCAACAUGACAGCUGUGGGUAUGACGUCCCUGGCUCCCUACAUGCGCCACCUAGUGGAGCUGAAAGAACUGGAUAUAAGUUAUAAUGAGAUCGGUGACACUGGGCGAAAAUCUCUCACCACCAUCCUCCCCAUCUUCACAGCCAUGCAGGUGUUGUGCCUGUGUAGCAUCGGUAUCAGCCCCACAGGCAUGCGCACACUGGUCCCUGCACUGCGUCAGCUAACCAAGCUGAUCAAACUGGACAUUAGUUAUAAUGCCAUAGGAGACUUCGGGCUUGAAUGCCUGGCUGCUAUCCUCCACCACCUCACAGUCAUGAAGGUGUUGGAUCUCACUGGGACCGGUAUCAGUGACAGUGGAAUAUCAUCCCUGAUCAAAGCUCUGCCUUACCUGGUGCAAUUACAGGUGUUGGAUGUGAGAUGCAAUAACAUAGGGGACACAGGGAUUAUCUUACUGGUGCAAACACUCUGCCAGCCCAGCAGUUUGGACACGGAACUAAACCCACCUGGUGACAAGAGUCUGGCCAUAGCCUCUCACUGUAAUACCACACUACGGGAGCUGCAUAUCGGGCUCAAUAGGAGGGUAACAGGAGCUGGACUGGGGAGGGUCGCACAGCUCCUCAGUGCACUGCCAGCAUUGACCUUUCUGGACAUGUGUCGUUGCCCGGACACACCUACACACCUGCCUGACACCGCUGCCAUGGCUCUGGCCGAGGCUCUGCCAAAACUCCUGGCCUUGAAGCAGCUGUAUUUGGGGUACAUCUCCAUGGAGCCUGCAGGGUUCCAGGCUGUGGUGCAGGCUGCUGAGGAACACACAACACUGACGAGUCUGCAUUACUGUAAGGAUCUAGUUCCUGAGGGAGCGGACACCACAGCCAGCUGUCUGCUGCUGCUGGACUGAGUUGCCAACAUGCCGACCUGUUCUGCGCAUUGUCUCAGCUGAGGUGUGGCUGUCCCGACAGGUGCCCUCCAGUCUGGACC